GUAUUGUCUACUACGUUUGUAGAGUGCGAUGGAAUGGCCAAGUGGGGAGGAUGUGCUGGUUAUCCAUACCCACGUUAGGCACCCCGAUCGGUACCAACCUGAAAUUACGCCCCAGAUCGGGGAGGAACGAGGCUGUGAGCCUAAACGCCGAGAGAGCAGUUUAACUACCAGACAAAACUUCGGCUCGUGUUCAGAUGGUCAUUUUCUUUGUCAGCCUUUUUUUUCCUUUUUAUUUUCUACCUUUUUAUUUCCUAUUCCUGCGUCAAUUCUGUUUUAAAUCGCAUUAUCGGCGGCGCCUUGCAGGGCUGUACAGUACAUACGUCGGUCCCAGAUGAUAAACUGACCUGAAUUAACGCCGUCCGAUAAUUGCAGACGCAAACAGGGGCCCUGACACGACAACAAAUCCUGGGAGUGGCGCCGGCACGAACCACGCGACCCUUUGGGGUCUAGCACAACGCCAACGCCGCCGAUCCGACUGGGAACGGAAAGGGUUACUAGAUAACGGAGGGCCUGGCGCCGCCAUGGCGCUUCUCCGGCAGACAUGGACGCUGGCGCUCAAAAACUGGCUGAUCGUCCUCGGCCGCCACAGCCUGGCAACCGUCAUCCGCGCCUUUGUCCUGCCGAUUAUCUUGACCGCGUUCCUCAGCUUUGCGCGUAACCUCUUCGUGCCUGCGGCGACAUUCGGCAUCGGUGACGUCCGUCCGGUGCGUUCGCUGCUCAACGGGCUGGAAGUGGCUUCCGAGAGCGGCAGGAACCAUGUCGUCUUUGUCAACAAUGGGUUCAGGGGUGGCGAGAUCGAGCGCGUCAUUGACGACUUGGCGACCACGGUGAGGAAUGCGGGGAAGAACGCGACGAUUCUGGAGAGCGAGGACGACGUGCCGUACAUUUGCCGCGCCUCGCUCCGCGGUGUGACCCCGUGCUACGGCGCGGUUGUCUUCCACGGAUCGCCGACCGAGGGCGGCGCUGGGCUAUGGAAUUAUACCCUCCGCGCCGAUGCCUCGCUCGGCGCUGGCCGCAUCGACACCGACAAGGACACCAACGACGCCCAGGUCUAUAUGCUGCCCCUGCAGAACGCCGUCGACAUGGCCAUCUCUCGCCAGAAGGGCGGCGACGGCGGCGAUAUGACGCCGCUUCCCAGUGUCACGGACGAAUAUCCCUUCACAUCACUCACCGACGAGGAGCGUAACGACCGUAUCCGUGUCAUUUACCAGAGAAAUAUCAUAAGUUUUCUCGGCGUCACGUUUCUCGUCGCCACCAUCGGUAUUACCUACCACAUGGCCGGCUUCAUUGCCACCGAGCGAGAGUCGGGCAUGUCGACCUUGAUCGAGGCCAUGAUGGCCACAAAGAGCCGCUGGCAGCCGCAGGUCGCUCGCCUCCUGUCGUACCACCUGUCUUUUUCGGUGCUGUACCUGCCCGGCUGGGUCGUCUCGGCCUUGAUUCUGUGGACCGGCGUGUUUGCUCACACCAGCGCCGUCGUCGUCUUCUUCUACUUCAUCCUCUCCGGCCUGGCCCUGGGCUCCAUGACCAUCUUCGGCGCAGCCUUCUUCAAGAAGUCGCAGCUGAGCGGUGUGCUGCUCACCAUUGUUUACAUCCUGUUGGCUAUCAUCGCCCAGACCAUCACCUCGCCCAAGACUCCGACCGUCGUCGCCCUGAGCCUUCUCUUCACCCCCUGCAACUUCACCUACUUCAUCACGCUCCUCGCCCGCUGGGAGAGAGAGGAAUGGCCGACCGACCUUCUCCAGUCACCGCCCAACAGCCCCUGGGAGCUACCGGGCAUCGUCUUCUUCGUGUUCCUUGCCGCCCAGGCCCUUGUCUACCCCGUCCUCGGCGCCCUGAUCGAGAGGUGGCUGCACGGUACUACCUCCAGCGGGCGCAACAUCGUGGUUGGCGAGGACCGCGGCGAUCUCGGCAGCGACUGCACCGUCAAGCUCGAGGACUUCACCAAGGUCUACAGCCCGGGAAUCGUCCGCCGCAUGUUCUCCUUCAUCGCGAAGCCAAAGGAGCCCGUCGUGGCCGUGAACAAGCUCACCCUGAGUGCGACCCGCGGCCAGAUCCUGGCCCUGCUUGGCGCCAACGGUAGCGGCAAGAGCACCACGCUCGACACCAUCGCCGGCAUCAACAAGGCCACGAGCGGCAACAUCACCAUUGACGGCACCGGCGGCCUGGGAAUCGCCCCGCAGAAGAACGUUCUCUGGGACGAACUGACCGUGUUUGAGCACAUCCGCAUCUUCAACAAGCUCAAGUCCCCCGGCCGCCAUGCCACCAAGGAGGAGAUCCGCGACCUGGUCCUUGCCGUCGACCUCGAGAAGAAGAUCAAGGCCCAGUCGCGCACCCUGUCGGGCGGCCAGAAGCGGAAACUGCAGCUCGGCAUGAUGCUCACGGGCGGCAGCGCCGUCUGCUGCGUCGACGAGGUGUCGAGCGGCCUGGAUCCCCUGAGCCGGAGAAAGAUCUGGGACAUCCUGCUCGCCGAGCGCGGGCGGCGCACCAUCAUACUGACGACGCACUUCCUCGACGAGGCGGACCUGCUGGCGGACUACAUUGCCGUCAUGUCCAAGGGCAAUCUGCGCGCCAAGGGCACGUCUGCGGAGCUGAAGGACCGCCUGGGCGGCGGCUACAGGAUCCAUGUCAACAACGUGAAGCUGAUCCCGCGCCUGCCCGAUAUUGCCGGAGUGAAGAAGAAGGCGACCCGGGAGGAGGCGUCUUACAUGGCUUCGACCUCGGCCAUGGCAGCUACGGUCAUCCGGGAGCUCGAGACGGCCGGCGUCAAGGACUAUCGCUUCUCCGGCCCGACGAUCGAGGAUGUCUUCUUGCAGCUUGCCGAAGAGGUCCGGGCCGAGGGAGGGGACCUCGACUCGCGCGGGGUCCUGAGCUCGGCUGACGAGAAGUCCGCGACUGCCGACGGGAUGAGCCAAACGGAGAAGGGCCUCGAACUCAUGUCGGGACAACCCGUCGGCUUUUGGCGCCAGGCCUGGGUGCUCUUCCUCAAGCGCUGCGUCAUCUUCAAGAGGAACUGGUUCCCCACCGUCGCCGCCUUCGUGAUCCCCGUCAUCGCCGCCGGGUUGGUGAUGCUGUUCGUCAAGGAUCAGCAAGCCGUGGGUUGCUCUCCCACGGACCAACUGUCGAGGAACGAGGCUGUCAACAUAUUCGACGGCGGCUUCGAGAUCUUUGUGGUCGGCGGCCCGGCGGACAAGUUUUCCGAGUCGAACCUGAUGCGCCUGUUUGCCCCCAUCUACAUUAACACGCAAGGCAAGACCGGCGGCGCCGGCGGCGAGAUUGCCGACGCUGAUGGCCUGUCGACCAGGGCCGUCACCAGCGCGGCCGACUUCUUCCGGAAUCUCACCAUCGUCGAUUCGAUUGACGAGUUCAAUCAAGCCGUCGUCCAGUACCGCAAGAACAUCACGCCCGCUGGCAUCUGGCUGGGUGACGACCGCUCUCGCCCGACGCUCGUCUACAAAGGCGACGGGGUCGAGAUGGUCAAUGCCUGGUUUGGCAAGUGGGUUAUGGAUAUGCUCCUGGUGAACAGCACCAUCGCGACGACUUAUGUCCCCUUCGACAGGCCGUUUACCCCCGACGCCGGAGACUCGCUACAGUUUCUGGUGUACGUCGGUCUCGCUCUGUGCGCCUACCCGGCCUUCUUCUCGCUGUACCCGAACUUGGAGCGCCGCCGCCAAGUUCGUGGGCUGCAGUACUCGAACGGCGUCAAACCGCUGCCGCUGUGGAUCGCCUACCUGGGCAUCGACUUUGCCGCCGUGCUGGCCGGGGCCGUCAUCAGCAUCAUCCUCUUCGCCGCCGUCGCCCCCGACCUCUGGUACCACAUUGGCUACGUCUUCUUGGUAUUCAUCUUGCACGGUUUGGCGUCGACCCUCUUGGCGUACAACGUCUCGCUCUUCGCCUCGAACCAGCUGUCGGCCUAUGCGUUCGCAGCUGCUUGGCAGGUUGUCAUGCUUCUUCUCUAUCUUAUCGGGUACAUGUGUGUCAUCGUGUACGCGCCCGUCCAUCGGAUCGACUCGCUGGUGCUGGUUGUGCACUUUACCAUCUCGGUGUUGGCGCCCAUAAUGUCGGUCAUUCGCGCCCUGUUCGUGACCCUGAACUUGUUUUCCACGGCCUGCGAUGGUCAGCAGCUGUCCUCCAACCCGGGCGCCAUGGUCCAAUACGGCGGCCCGAUUCUCUACCUCAUCGUCCAGGCCGUCAUCCUCUUCCUCGUCCUCGUCUGGGCCGAUGGCGGCAGCGCAGGCUUCAGCCUGUGGCGCAUGUUCAAGCGCUCCGCUCCUCCUUCGCAGAGCGAUGCCGACGAGCGCGCCGCCAUCUCCGACGAAGAAGUCGCCAACGAGCUGAUCCGCGUCAAGUCUAGCAGCGCUGCCAAUCCCGACGCCGGCCGCCCCACGGACGGCCUGCGCGUCGUCAACCUGACCAAGACGUUUGGCAACAACAUUGCCGUCGACAACGUCACCUUCGGCGUACCCCACGGGGAGGUCUUUGCUCUCCUCGGGCCCAACGGGGCCGGUAAGUCGACCACCAUCUCCGUCAUCCGCGGCAACCUCAAACCGUCGGCCGGAGGCGACGUGUUCGUGGAAAACGCCUCCGUCACGCGCCACGUUGCCGCGGCCCGCUCCCAUCUCGGCGUCUGCCCGCAGUUCGACGCCAUCGACGUCAUGACGGUCGAAGAGCACCUGCGCUUCUACGCGCGCGUGCGCGGCAUCCCGGACGUCGAGCACAACGUGUCGGCCGUGAUCCGCGCUGUCGGGCUGAGCGCCUUCCGCACCCGCCAGGCGCACGCGCUCUCGGGCGGCAACAAGCGCAAGCUCUCGCUGGGGAUCGCCCUCAUGGGCAACCCGACCGUCGUGCUCCUCGACGAGCCCUCGUCCGGCCUCGACGCCGCCGCCAAGCGUAUCAUGUGGCGCACGCUGGCCUCCACCGUCCCCGGCCGCAGCCUCCUGCUCACGACGCACAGCAUGGAGGAGGCCGACGCCCUCGCCGGCCGGGCGGGCAUCCUCGCCAAGCGCAUGCUGGCCAUGGGCAGCAUCGACCAGCUGAGGCAGCGCUUCGGCAACCAGCUGCACGUCCACCUCGUGUGCAAGGGCGCGCCGCGCACGAGCGACGCCCACGUGGAGAAGGUGCGCACAUGGGUGACGCAGACCUUUGCCGGGGCCGAGGUCGAGGACAAGACGUACCACGGCCAGAUGCGGUUCAAGGUUCCUGCCGCUACCGCAGCAGCCCUCGCGAGCGGUGGGGCCCAGGAGCAGGUGUGCGCCAAGGUUCCUCACGGCGUCGGCCAUGGCUCCUCCUCGUCAUCGUCGUCAUCGUCGUCCUCGUCGUCUGGGUCAGCCAUCGGCAAACUGGUCGUCUUGUUGGAGGAAAAUAGGGAGUACCUUGGCGUGGAACACUACAGCGUCAGCCCGACGACGCUGGAUCAGGUGUUCUUGGCCGUGGUGGGGAGACAUAACGUCAAGGAGGAGGGGUAUCACGAGGAUGGAAAGAAGAAGAAGUGGUGGAAGUUUGGGAAAUAGAACCCGGGCGGU